UUAACUUAAAUGAACUAAUUUGCCAAUUACUUAGAAUAUUAUACUCAAAGAGACCUCCCAUAAAGCUAGAGAUCUCCUAAAGCCAAAGAAAUAAAGAAGUAAUGGACUUUCAGUCCUUAAUUCAGUCCUCAUCGAUCUAGAUAUAACAUGAAUGAUUUAUAAAUAGAUAAUGAACCUUAAAAUUAAAGGAUAAUGCCUAAUAGCAAAAUAAAAUAGAGAAACAAUAUUGAGGAUAAGGAAAAUUUAAUAAAUCGAUAAAAUAUUGUUAUGAACUAAUAAAUAAAGAAGGGUUAGAAAUUAAUGAGUCCUCUAAAAGAAAAAAAGAAUUUAAUAGAUAGUGCUUAUUUAUUACCAAUAGAUCAAAUCUUAACUAUUAGUAUAUAAUCUUCAACUGAUGAGAAUAUUGUCUAAAUAGAUUCUGUAAAAAAAUAGUCUGAAAAUUAAAUGAACAAUUAUUAGGUUUAAGAAUUUGAAAAUGACUCUUAUUUUAAUGAGAGUAUGCGUAAAUCAUUUAAAAAGAUAAAAAUUUAAGAUGAUUAUUCAAGAGUAAGUUUUAUAAUUAUGAAUUUAAAAGGAUUAUAAUAAGCAAUUAAAAUUAGAGGAUGAUUUUGAAUAGAUUAAUAGUUUUAGAUAACAUAUUUAAACUCCAAGAUAAUAACAGAUGAAGAAUAUAAGUUUUGUAAUGUAUAAAAAAUAAGUGGAGGGAAGAUUUUGA